AACGGAUUUGUGGGGGAGUGACUCCAGAGGGAGGGGUGGCGUUGGUUUGGAGUUAAAAAGCCAACCACUGCCUCCAUCCCCACAACGUUUGAGCAACCUGCCCUGCACAUCACUGUCCGCUCUCUCUGCAUACGGCCUGCAGUCAGUUGGUCUGGAAGUUCGGGCUCCUCCGGUGCACUCUGCUCAACUUACCCCGCUGCAAAGCUCUGUCUCCGGUGUGCAGACAUGGCACCGCCACCUGUGCUGCUAAUGCUCGCGGUCGUCAUCGCAUCAGCGCUCGUGCAAUCUGCAUUCCUCGAUGGAAUUAUUUUUGCAGUGACUGUGAGCUCCCAGGUGAAAGGAGGGCAACAGGAGACCCUGUGUGCUCACAUCGACGGCCCAACGACGCCCGUCAAAUUGACCAUCACCCUCGAGAUGGGGCCCAGCAAAACCACCAUACUCGAGCAGGCUGUUGACAAGAACUUCUAUCGCUGCUUAAACUUCCAGGUCCCCACAGUGCAUCACAGAACUGUGGCAUCCAUUAUUGUCACUAUUACGGCUGAGGGUGUCUCGAUGAGCAAGAACACCAAAAUCCUGAUUGAGCGUCCUGCUUUCAUCCACAUCAUCCAGACUGAUAAACCCAUCUACAAACCUGGACAGAAAGUUCAAUUCCGAAUUGUCUCGAUGGAUUCCAAUUUCAUUCCUGUAGCCCGACUGUACAAAGUGGUGGAGCUCCAGGAUCCCAAUUCAAAUCGCAUUGCUCAGUGGUUGGAUAGGACCCUUGUUAGCGGUAUCCUUGAUAUUUCCCACCCCAUGAUUCCUGAGGCGGUUCAGGGAAGCUACCUGAUCACUGCCAUAACGGACCAAGGAGAGCAAAUAUCCCACAGCUUCGACAUCAAGGAAUACGUUUUGCCAAAAUAUGAGGUAAAGGUUGAACUGCCCAAUGUGAUCUCCAUCCUGGACAAGGAGGCAACGCUAAAGAUUUGUGGAAAAUACACCUAUGGGAAACCAGUUGUCGGUUCAGUCAAGGCAGUUUUUUGCAAAAUUGCUAACCAAAUAUUCUGGGUUGAAAGGGAGAAGGACAUAGAUAUCUGCAAAACUUAUGAACUGACGACUGACAAAGCUGGCUGUGCUACACAAACUGUGAACUUGGCAGUGUUUCAACUCAACUUGAGCAUAAACUAUGUCAGCUUUGAGUUGAAUGCAGAAUUGGAGGAGUACGGCACAGGAGUCAUUCUUACAGGCACUGGGCGCACCAGCUUCAGCGCUAUUGUCAGAACUGUCACCUUCGAGGACGUACCUGAAGCAUACAUGCCUGGCAUCUUGUUCGAGGGAAAGGUCAAAGUGAUCGGUCCAGACAACAAAGCUGUCACCAAUGAGGCCGUGUAUGUGUCUGCUGGCAACUCUCCAUCAGUCAAGCUGACUACAGGCACGAAUGGCAAGGCUUCGUUUUCUUUUGACACCACCCUCUGGAAGGGCAAUGUGAAUAUACAGGCUCGAUCCAGAGACACGGAAGUGAAUGAGCCGUAUGUGCCAGGCGUGCGCAAACCAGAGUACAGGACUGCAUACCACGACGUCAUACCAUUUUAUUCCAAGAGCAGUAGUUUCCUGAAACUCAUGCAGGUGAACGGGAAGCUGGCUUGUGACAAAGACGCAACGGUGCGUGCUCAGUACAUCAUCGAUGGGAUGGAGUUGAAGGACGACCAGGAGAUCCUCCAAAUCUUUUACCUGGUGAUGUCCAGGGGUGGAAUUGUUCAGCAUGGCAGUCUCCCAGUUGCUGUUCAACCGGAAAUUGUCAACAAAGGAGAGUUGUCUGUGCCACUGCGUCAGGUUACAAACCUGGCACCUUUUGCCCAGGUGGUCGUUUAUACUGUGAUGCCCAAAGGGGAGCUUGUGGCCGAUAGCAUGGACUUCCCAAUCAGUCUCUGCCUCAAUAACAAGGUGUCUCUGAGGUUCUCCUCUCUCCAGGAGCUUCCAGCAGAGAAGACCACGCUCACCCUGCAGGCUCACCCAGGCUCCAUGUGCUCCGUCAGAGCCAUCGACCAGAGCGUCCUGCUGCUACAGAAAGAGCAGGAACUCACUGUUGACUCGGUGUACAGCCGGUUGCCUGUGCAAAAGCUCUCAGGAUACAGCUAUGAGCUUGCAGACGAUGAGUUCAAUCCCUGCGAGUUUCAUCCAGUACCAAGGCCUGGAAUCAGGCCCUUUGAUAGUCCCCCAUACUACUUUCCAGUGAACGAUCAGAAGAAUGACGUCUACAACAUUUUUAAAGGAAUCGGGAUCAAAAUUGUGACCAACUCCGAUAUUAGAAAACCUAUUGACUGCUAUCCAAGGCCCUAUUUCGAGAGGCUAAACUCUCCAAUCACGGCCAUGGCAAGUCCAGGUGGUGAAGUGGAGCAGAAGAAAGAGACUCUCAGGACAUUCUUCCCUGAAACCUGGAUCUGGGACCUAGUUUCUGUGGGAGACAGUGGCUCAAUGAACGUGGAGAAGACGGUCCCUGACACCAUCACUAAGUGGGCAGCUGGAGCGUUCUGCGUCUCAUCUGUGGGCUUCGGCGUGGCGCCCAACGUGGCGCUUGUCGCCUUCCAGCCGUUCUUUGUCAGUCUCACCCUGCCCUACUCGGUCAUCCGAGGGGAGGUGUUUACACUUAAAGCAACAGUCUUCAACUAUCUCUCCAAGUGCAUUAUGGUUAAAACCACUCUGGCUGAUUCCGACCAGUAUACCUCCAUAAACUGCGACGGCUGCCAGUACAGUGUGUGUUUGUGUGGGGAGGAGAGCAGGACUUUCUCGUGGAUUGUAACUCCAACCACCCUAGGUCAGGUGAAUUUGAAGGUCAGCGCUGAAGCCAUGAAGACUAACAUACGGUGUGGCAACGAGGUGGUAACUGUCCCCGACAUGGGCAACAUCGACACGGUGGUCCGCACUCUGCUGGUGGAGGCUGAAGGAACACCACAGAUGGUCAGUCAUAACGCUCUCCUCUGUCCUGCAGAGGGCCCUGUGGAGAAGACCAUUUCCCUUCUGUUGCCCGAGAUGUUUGUGGCUGGAUCCGCCAGGGCCUCUGUCUCUGUACUGGGGGACCUGAUGGGCCGGGCCAUGAAGAACCUGGACAAGCUCCUGGCCAUGCCGUACGGCUGCGGGGAGCAGAACAUGGUGCUGUUUGCGCCCAACAUCUUCAUCCUCAACUACCUGAAAAGCACAGAACAGCUGACCAAGGACAUUCAGGAGAAAGCCACACGCUUCUUAGAGAGCGGAUAUCAGAGGGAGCUUAACUACAAGCACGACGACGGCUCCUACAGCGCCUUCGGGAAUAGCGAUAUAUCUGGAAACACCUGGCUGACCUCUUUCGUGAUGAAGUCCUUUGACGGGGCGAAACCGUACAUCUUUGUGGAAGACAAGCACAUUCAAGAAGCCCGGAGCUGGCUCUCCAAGCUCCAGCGGCCUGACGGCUGCAUCCAAUCUGUGGGGAAACUCUUCCACAACGGCAUGAAGGGAGGAGUGAGUGACGAUGUGUCUCUGACGGCCUACAUCACAGCUGCCAUGCUGGAGCUCGACACAAGCACCUCCGCCCCCGUGGUGCAGAGGUGCCUGAGCUGUCUGAAGGCAUCAGUGGACUCCCAGCUAGAAGAAAACCUGUACACCACCGCGCUGCUGUCCUACACCUUCACUCUGGCUGGAGACGAGGAGAUGAGGAUCAAACUCAUCACUUACCUGAACCAGAAGUCCAACACGCAGGGUGGCUCCCGUCACUGGGAUAGAGCCGGGACUUCUGGGAAAGGCCUGGACUCUCUGGAGGUGGAGAUGACCUCCUACGUCCUGCUGGCUCUGCUCUCCGGUCCGGCCCUGCCAGACUUCGGCCUGGAUUACUCCUCCAGCAUCGUGCGCUGGCUGGUCCAGCAGCAGAACCCGUACGGGGGCUUCUCUUCCACACAGGACACCGUGGUGGCCCUCCAGGCUCUGGCUAAGUACGGCGCGGCCACCUACAGCGCAGAGGGCAGCACGAAAGUGACGGUGACCUCGCUGGGAGGCCUGAACACAGAGUUCAGGGUGGAUCAGAGCAACAGGCUGCUGUACCAGGAGCAGAAGCUGAGCGAGGUCCCCGGAGAAUACACCAUCAGGGCCCAGGGCCAGAGCUGCGUCCUGGCACAGAUUUCCAUGCACUACAACAUCCCCCCUCCCCCCGACUUCUCUGCCUUCAACAUCACCACUAACACCAAGACCAAGUGCAACAUCAAAAGGCCCCAGCUCAUCCUCUUUGUGCAUGUCAGGUACCAGGGCAGGAGAGAGGAAACCAACAUGGUGAUCAUCAACAUCAAGCUGCUGUCUGGAUACAUUCUGGAUAAGAGCUCCCUGGAGCUGCUGAAGAGCGACCGCUCAGUGAAGCGUGUGGAUCUGGACGAAGGAUACAUCAACAUCUACUUAGACGGGUUGAAAAAGGAUGAGACGCUGAUAUACAGUGUGACACUGGAGGAGGAUGUUCCUGUCAGGAAUCUGAAACCAGCUGUGGUCAAAGUCUACGAUUACUACCAGACAAGUGAUGAGGCGGUCACUGAGUACAGCUCCCCCUGUGCAGAGUGACGUCAUCAACGAGCUGUAACUCACUUGGCAGAAUCAAUGCGUCGGAGAAAGAAACUUCUCGAUGUUCAUUUUUUUUCUUAGACUGUCUUCAUUAGUUUUUACUCCUUUUAACUGUUUUAGCUUUGUUUUAUUGAGUGAAUUCCACCUUUUUAGGAACAAAAAUGAUAAUAAUACAUUUAAUUUACAAGUGCCUUUUCAGGUGCUCAAAGGCGCUUUACAGUGGUGAUAAAACGAGAUAUAAUACAAUAAAAAAAUAUUAAAACAGCAACACAUAUUAUAAUAGAAUAACAACAAUAUUAAAACAGCAACACAACAUAAUUCACAAAUUAAAAGCCAGUCUGAAGAGGUGUGUUUUGGUCAGUGUUUUGAAGGUGGAGGUGUCGAUGCAGUCUCUGAUGUGUUGUGGAAGGGAGUUCCGGAGGGUGGGGGCAGCGAUGGAGAAGGCUCUGUACCCCCAGGUUCGGAGCUUGGUUCAUGUGGGGAUAGAAAGGAGGUUCGCUUCUGAUGAACGAAGGCUGCGGGAAGGGGUGUGGUGGUGGAUCAGGUCGGUGAGGUAGGGGGGGGGGCUGGUCGUUGAGAACUUUGUGUGUUAGCAGUUCUGGAUAUAUUGCAGUUUAUUUAGAAUGUUGGAUGAUGAGCCAUACAGGAUGCUGUUACAGUAGUCCAGUUUUGAAGUGAUGAAUGCGUGGAUGAGGGUUUCAGCAGCCGGGAAGGAGAGUGAGGGGCUGAGGAUCGAAGAAGGCAGUCCUGGUGAUGUGGUUUAUGUGUUUAUCGAAUUUGAGCUGGCUGUCAAAAAUGACUCCAAGGUUGCGAAUAUGAGUAGAGGGGGUUAGUGUGGCGUUGUCAAGGGUGAGGUUGAAGUUCUGGGUGGUGUUGGUGCGGGAUGUGGGUCCGAUUAUGAUAAUAUCUGAUUUGUCGCUGUUCAGUUGAAGGUAAUUUGUUUGCAUCCAGGAUUUAAUUUCUGAGAGACAGUUGUUGGUGAGUGUGGUGUGUUAUACUGUGUGUUCUGCUGUACCAGUAAAUAAAAAAAGAUUGAUACAUCACUACCAUAA